AUGCUCGCGUUUGGGUGGUGGUUACUGUCGAGUCGUUGCGGCGUCGACGAGGAAGGAAGCCUCGGCUCAUCUUCGUCCCGCGUCUCCGGCUCCUCCGUGUCCACUGUUCGUUUGUCCCACCCUCAGCCACAUUGUGUCAGAUCCAGCCGGCCUCUUGCGCAAAACUGGAAAGAUGACCGGUUGUAACGCAAGUCUAUUCUGGAAGGAUCGGCCGGAGGAGCAAGACAAUGGACCAAUGGGGAAAGGCCAGUUGAGCCCGUACACACUCACCUCGCCUCUACUGGCCCGGGGACUGGUGUGCUGGAGAUUAUCGUCUCGGUUGAAUGCACGCGAGAGGAGCGUCGUCGGAUCGACGUGACUACAAUCACGAUGGCCGGUUGA